UGGUCGUGCUUCCCGUCGAUCAUGUUACUAGGGACUCUGGCUGUGCUGGUGUCUAGGAGCGGACGUGAUCGUUUCGGUUCUGGACGGUUUUAAACGGUGAAUUAACGAAACCAUGACCCAGAGAAAGAAUCACAGAACACAAUGCAGAAAAGAGGUGAAGCCACCGCCAGUGGAGAGCAAGAAUGGAAAGAAAGAGGCAAGCAGAGGAGGGAGUGGUGGCAGUACUGGAGGUGGUUCUCAAUACUCCAUCUGUACCUGGUUUGUAGUCCUGGCUCUGCUGGGGAUCUGGAGCUCCAUGGCUGUGGUCUACUUUGACAUUGUGGACUACAACAGCAUCAUUGCCAGAGCUAAGGAGUUUCAAAUGAACUUUUCUGAAGGUUUACAAGGAAAACUGACCGUUUAUGACACGGAUGGUGAUGGGGACUUUGACGUGGACGAUGCCAAGGUGCUCCUGGAAGACCAGAAAAAGGGAAAGAAGAAAGAUAACACGAAAGAAGACAUGAUAUUAGGUGUCCCUGCUGAAGACAUAGAACUUCCAGAAGGUGUGCAUGAGCCGGCGGCAGAAACAACCACUCAGCAAGCCACAAAGCUGCAGGAGGAGGAGCCAGCAGAAACCACGCCCACUUACACCUCAGAUGAGACGAUGGCACCAGAGAUUGACCCGUCGCCUGACACCAACGCUGAAGUUUCUGGGUCUCAGGAUGUGGAGUCUGAAAUCCAAGCUGCUGUCCCUCUGCCUCCACUGGUUGAAGAUGACUUUGUCCCAGAUGAUCCUCGAGAAGACAGUGACCAUCGUUUCGAAGUUAAAGUUGAACAUAUCGACACCACUGGAGUUUUAGUUGAAGAGCCGCUGCCAAAGGAGACCGUAGUGGAAUCUGGACAGUAUUUGACGAGCUCCAAAUUUACACAGGAAGCAGAUCCUAUAAGAACAGCAGAGACGCAGCCUGAACCUUCAGUGAAACCUUCUGUGCAAACACAGACCGAAGAACCCAGAAGAACCAGGAGUGGCUCAGACCCUGAGGGGACAACAGAGAGACAUCCUGAGGAGAAGAUGAAAGAAACUGCAGCAAAGAAGAAGAAACCAAAGCUGUUGAAUAAGUUUGAUAAAACCAUUAAAGCUGACAUCAACUCUGCAGAAAAGCUGCGCAAGAAGGGGAAAUUAGAGGAGGCUCUGAGAGCGUUUGAGUCACUGGUGCAGCGAUAUCCACACAGCCCCUCUGCUCGCUACGGAAAAGCUCAGACGGAGGACGACCUGGCCGAGAAGCUGCGGAGCAACGACAUGCUGCAGAAGGCCAUCAACAGCUACAGAGAGGCAGCCGAGCUCCCCGAUGCGACCUCUGACCUCCUGAGAGCCGCGCUGAAAAGGCGAGCCGAAAGGCAGCAGUUCCUCGGUCGGAUGCGUGGAUCUUUAGUAACUCUGGAAAGACUGGUGCAGAUUUUUCCAGAGGACAUCAGUCUGAAGAAUGAUUUGGGCGUGGCCCAUCUGUUGCUAGGAGACAACAAGGGCGCCAAGAAGGUCUAUGAAGAGGUCCUGGCAAAUGCCCCCAACAGCGGAUUUGCUAAGGUGCACUACGGCUUCAUCCUGAAGUCUGAGAACAAGAUCGCAGAGAGUAUACCAUACCUAAAGGAGGGUUUGGAAUCAGGUGAACCCGGAACAGAUGAUGGACGUUUUUAUUUCCACCUGGGAGACGCUCUGCAGAGGGUUGGAGACGACAGCGCCUAUUACUGGUACGAGUUGGGUCAUAAGCGUGGUCACUUUGCGUCAGUCUGGCAGAGGUCUCUGUAUAACGUGAACGGUCUGAAGGCUCAGCCCUGGUGGACAGCCAAAGAAACCGGGUACUCUGACCUGGUCAAGAUGUUGGAGAGGAACUGGAUCACGAUCAGGGAUGAGGCUCUGUCUGCGAUGGACCAGAAAACCGGACUGUUCGUACCCGAGGAGGAAAACCUGCGAGAGAAAGGAGAGUGGGGCCAAUACACGCUGUGGCAGCAGGGGAGGAAGGUUGAAAAUGCCUGUCGCAGUGUUCCAAAGACGUGUGCGCUGCUGGAGCGAUAUCCUGAAGCUACCAGCUGUAAGAGAGGACAGAUUAAGUUCUCCAUCAUGCAGCCCGGGACACACGUGUGGCCUCAUACUGGACCCACCAACUGCAGACUGAGGAUGCACCUCGGACUAGUCAUCCCCAAACAUGGCUGCAGGAUCCGCUGCACCAACGUCACCAGGGAGUGGGAGGAGGGUAAAGUCAUCAUCUUCGACGACUCCUUCGAGCACGAGGUUUGGCAGGAUGCCGACGCUUUCCGCCUCAUCUUCAUCGUGGACGUCUGGCACCCAGAGUUGAGCCCGUAUCAGCGCCAAACACUUUCAGCUAUCUAGGUCCGAUGCUGCCACGGCGGUAAGAACUGUUCCAAGGGUCACCUACCAGAUUCUUCUUCUUCUGUGGGUGAACAAAACACAACAGAAUCAAAGAAGAAUUACCAGGAAUCUUUGACGACUGAUGAAUGGAGGAUUUUUGUUUUUUGAAUAAACUACUAAAGAUCGAAGGAUCAAACCACCACACUGAAGGAUGGACAAGUCUACUUCCUGGGUGAUACUACUGCCAGAACAUGGACAUACGAUUACCUUUCCGUUUAAAAUGGUCUGUUUCUGGAACUGGUUCUGUUUUGUAUCUGUGGAACCAAAGUACCGUCUCGUAAAUCAGGUCACAUUAGUCUAAUCUGUCCUGGAACCAUUACGGUUCGACUAAAAGUUCACCUGUUUUCUGCUUGCUUUUUGAAAAUGUCAUUUUUCCCCCUCCACUCUAAAUUUGGAACGCCCAAAUGAAACAUUCAAAAAACUUAAACGCAAACCUUUUUUUUUUUUUCUCCUGCAGUCGUCUCAAAGGUGGAAUAUCGUCAGUACUUUUUUGGAAUCAUCUGUGUUGUUUUUAAAGAGAGUAGAAUGACUUAAAACAGCUUUCACGCCCGGACAAUGACGUGAGCUGAAGACUGGUUACGCUAGAGGGGUGCGUGAGCCACCUAUAGGUAGGAUUUCUUUCUCCCCUUCAGAGGAUCAGGUGGGGAGCGAGUUGUAACUGGGAAUCAAGGUGGAACUUUUUCUUCCAGCUUUUUGCUUCCAGUCUGUUUCAAAUAGGGCUGAAACAAUUAGUCGAGUAACUUGAAUAAUUCAUUUACAAAAAAUGUUCGAGGCAAAUUCUGUGCCUUGAAGCUCCGUUUAACGUUGUAGUACAUAGGGCAGGCCUGUGUGUGGCGCUGUAACCGCCCCAGAAAAAAAUGGAAUAAGACUAGAGCAUGAACAUAAGCCGUGUAAGAGCUAAUCAGUGUAGCACCAAACGCUACACCUUUACAGCGUGACACACAGAGUAAAAUAAAGCCUUUUAAGAGUAAAAUAAAACCUUUUAAGAGAAAGAGGGUCCACAUCUGAAAUAGACUGACUGCAGUUUGCUUUAAAUACGCAGUGCGCAUUUAAAGCAAACUGCAGUCAGUGGUUUAAACGGUGCUCGCCUUUGCAGACGUACAGCAGGAUGCACUGCUGCCUCGUCAGGGCUCCGAACAUCAGAUCCAGAGUCUGUUCUAUGUUCUCCCCCCUCUCCAAAAAACUGCCAGUACUCACAAACGUACAUAAAUAUCCCUGGGAGAGAGGGAGAGAGAGAGAUUCAUGUACUGUUUUGAGAACAGAGUGCAUUUCUGAAAAUAAGUAGUUAAGUACUUCAUGUAGUCAUGUUUGAAUUCAGUUUGGGUAAAUAGUUGGAGUCAGUCUAUCAGUUUGGAUAAAUCGCCAUACAGCUGGACUGAUUGAGGAUGACACAGACCGCCUGCGCUCACGGUCCAGUGUCGGGGGAGUGCUGAAUAAUUAUCCAGGAAAACAGGAAGGGACACACAAAAUUUGACAGUCUGCAUGAUGACGCAGCGACAAUGUGCCAUUGCUUAGGGAGACCGGGACUGGUGAUGUUUAAAAACGCAGAAGUACUUUUUUAUCCGAUUACUUGAUUAAUCGCCAAAAUAAUCAAUAGCUGCAGCCCUAGAUUCAAACCAGUGUUUGGUUUUUAUGUUUCUUCAAACCGUUCUGGAUUAGGAUCAGAAACCACAUUGGAACCCGGCCCUGCUGGUAGAACGACACCUUCAGUUUAGUUUCUUAAUGAAAACCUUUGGAAAAGUUGGAGAAUUCAAAAGAAUUGUGAAAUUUAGUUUUGAUAGAUUCUUGAACCAGACAUUUGUCAGAUUUUCCAAUAAAUUAACAACAUUGUGUAUCAGGAAACAUUAAAAAUGUUCCACUGAAUGUUUUCUGAAAGCACACACGACUGUUUUCACUCAUGAAAAAUCUCUUUUAGUUGUUUAGACUUUAAUGAUAAAAUCAGCAGUGACACACUGACUGAGCUUUUUCUUCACUGUACUUUAAAAUAUUCGCCAUAAAUUUUUUUUGUACAGAUGUUUUCUUUUUCUCUGUGAACUUUAAGCCUUAAUUUUAGCGUCACCACUACACGUCAUGUCAUUUCAUACCGCAGGUUUACACCUUCACUUUGCACAGCAACAGUCAGAUUAGAAAAGAUUAUAUAUUUGUAGAAAAAAAUAAAAAAAACAGAGAAAAAUG